AUGAAAUAAUAAUUAGUCAACUAAUUUUUCACAAAUAUGAAUAAUAAUAAGCAUUUUGUAUAGAGUAAUGGAUCUAUUACAACUACUGCCCCAAACAAACAUAAAAAGAAUGGUAGUUCAACAAUCAUAACAGGAAAUAAAUAUUUAGUAUAUACAAAGCAUUCUUCCAGAAUAUUCAAAGACUCUUCAUUUAAACUUCCCUUCUUGACAGCAGUUAUUAAAUCUUAGGAUACUCUUAAAACAGCUAUUGAAAGAACAAAUAAAAUAAAUGCAAAUAUAGGAGAUUUUCGCAUAUCACAAAUACAUCAUAGAAAUAAAACUGAAAUUAUACUACUUUAAAAUAAUUUAAUCGAUUCUAAAUAAGAGGAAAUCAAAGAGUAUUUAGAUUAGGAUCAAAAGGAAGAAUAAACUCAAAUAUAUAUAGUUUAAAAUAAAAUUGAACAUAUAAAUUAAUAAUCUCUUACGAUAUCUCAUUAGAGUGAAUAAUUUAAAUUUUAAACAAAAGUAAAAUUAAUAGAAGUAUUAGGUGAGGCAUAUGACUUUUCAUACACUAAUUAAAAUAUCUCAAAAAUUAAUAAAAUUAAAAUUAAUUCAUCUAUUAAUGAAAUUGAAUCAUUGAAUCAAAAAAGUUACUAUCUUAUUAGAAAAAUUAAAUAAUUGCUUUGUACUUAUCGAGAAAAAUAAACAUCUAUUGAUCUUGAAAUUAAAAAGAAAAAAGGGAUCAUUAAUUUAACAGAUCGAGCAUUUACAUAAACUUUAAGUAAUAUGUCUGAUGAAAGAACUCCAAAAAUUAGUGAUUCAAAAUUUAAUUAACAAUUGAGUACUAUUGCACAAAAGAAAUCAAAAGGAUAUUAUAACUAUAGUGUUUAAGAGACAGAAUCCCUUACUCCUUUAAAAACCAUAUUAGAAGCUAUAAAAGAAUAAAAAAAUGAUUAAAAGGAAAUUAAAGAGAAAAGUAUGGCUGAACUCUAAUAAAAAACUUAAUAAAUUUCAAAUAAGAAUUUAACUAUUACAAUUAUAUAUGAGGAGAAUGAAAAACGAAUAGAAUUUCAGCUGCCUAAUUAUAUAAAUGAUAAUACUCAGUAAAAUCAAGAUUAAAUAAAAAUUUAGGAAAAAAAAUAAUCGAAUAUCUAUUCUUUGGUUACUAAAUAAAUGCUUCAAAGGUAAAUGAUAUUAUAAUAUAUUUUAGCAAAUUUGCUUUGAGACUAAUUAAAAAGUUUGGAGAUAAAGUCAUUUAGACUCAAAAAGAUAAUGUUACAAUAGAGAAUUUCAAUUCCUUUAAAGCAUCUCAAUUUACAAGAUAUUAUCUAUAAAAUCAUAUCUAAAAAUGUUUAGAAACUAAAAUAGAAAAGAAUGACCUUCAAACUAAUAAAAAUUAAAUAUUCGACUAUCUUGUAUGGCAGGAAACCUAACAUGAGAUGCUUAAUAAAAAUUCAGAAUUUGUAGUAAUAAAUUAAUUUCAUAAUUAAAUCAAUGUAAAUGUUUGUUUAAAAUAAGAAAAGUACAAUUAAAAUACAACACUAAAUUAAAAACAAUUUCUAUAAAGGCCUUUCUAAAAUAUUUUAAAGUGAAAAUAGCUUUCUAAGUUCUUCUGAAUCAUAAUUAGAUUUAAGUGAUAUUGAAAUGUAAACCCACUUUAAACUUAAUCACAUAUAUUAUAUUUAAGAUUUAGUUUCAGUAAAUGAUUUAAACAAAGCUAAAUUAAGAUUAAUUAUCAAUACUGUAGAUGAUGAAACCAAAAAUAGGUUUCUUCAUGAUAAAUUAAUGAAAUUUCCAGAAAUCCUGAAUGAAAUAUAUCAAAAUUAAGAAGUUCUGGAAGGGGAAUGUAAAUUUAUUAUUUAAAUAGAGAAUUUUAUUUGAUAAAUAAAUUAGAAUAUUAAUUGUCUUCAAGAGAUUAAACCAUAAUCACUAAUUAAUUCUCAAAAUAAUUUAGUUUUAUUUAACUUGGUUUAUUUGAAGAUGAUAUUAAUUACAAAAUUAGUUCCUAAGAGAAGAAUUAUAUUGAGUAGUGUAAAAUUAUGAAAAAUCUAGACUCAUUUAAUACUAAAGAUAAAUAUAAAAAUGAACCAACUUCCAAUCUAAAUAUACCUUCUAAAUCAAAAAGCAGACUUCCUUCACCGACAAGAUCUCUAUAAAAUUAGACUUAAUAUAAAAACAUAUAAAAGGAAUCAAAUCUAAUAAUAAAUAAAGGAUAAAUAUUAAAGAAACAUUCAUUACAAAAAAACUUAUUGACCAUUCAAAAAUUGGCUUCCUCCAAAAAUAUCAUUACAUAAAGUUCCAAAACCUUAUAAACUUAAAUGAAUACCAAUACAAAUAUUCAUGAAUAAAAAUCUUAAUAGUUUUAGAACAUACAAAAUGAAAUCGGAAUUUAAUUUAAUAAAUAAUCCUAAAGAUAAAUUAAAAUACAUUAACACUUUAACACAGAAACAUCUAUGUAACCUUUUUCAUUGUUAUUUCGAAAUAUGUUAUUAUAAGAAAGCUCUUAAAAUGAGAAAUCAAAUAUUGAAAAAGUCUUCUCUCUAAUUUAAGAUCAUAGACUAUUAGACAUAAAAGAUUUACUUCUCCAUGAUCACAAUAUCAAUAUAGAUACUCAGGAUUAAAAUGGCAAUACAUUUUUAAUAUGUGCAGCUAAAACUGGGUCAUAAGAUAUAAUUAAAUUUUUAUUACGUCAAGGAGCAGAUAUUUCAUUUAAAAAUGUAUAAUUAAUAUCCUAUUAAAUUAGAAUUCUAAUUUAGAUGCUAUUUAAAUGGCUAUAACUCAUUAUCAUUAUUAAGCAGCAGAUGAAAUAAAUCAAUUUGGUAGAUCAAAUUCUUACAAAUUUUGA